AUGGAAGUCGAAUCCGGCCGGAUUUCUGGACCUCGAAGUCCCUUGGUUUCCCUCCGAACAUGGCUCAGGCGAUACGUUACUACACCUGCCGCUUUUGGUGAUCGUUGUUCUCGACCGUACGGCUGGUGUACCAUCCCACCACGGAUCCAGUCGCUUACCAUCUUUCUUUUUGUCGCGCUCAACGUUGUUCUCUGCAGCUGCUCCUACCGUCUCACCGAAGGCAACCUUUAUUGGCCGAAGAAGUCAGUGCAAUUCCUCCGUUUUGUAUCGGAUCGUACGGGAAUCAUAUCGCUCGCGAACUUCCCACUCGUCUGGCUCUUUGGUAUGCGCAAUGAUCUUUUGAUCUGGGUGACUGGAUGGGGUUUCGGUACCUACAACGCUUUCCAUCGGUGGGCGGCAAGGGUUGCCACAGUACAAGCCGUAGUGCACAGUGUGGGAUACACGCUGAUGAUACUGGAGCGCGGAGGAUGGCCAUCUUUCCUAAACUACUGGACGAAGCACUACUUUUGGAACGGCGAACUGUCAACCAUCGCCAUGUGCGGUCUUUUGGCGUUCUCGUUCUACGGUAUCCGCCGUGCGCACUACGAGUUCUUCCUCGUCACGCACAUAGCGCUCUCGAUCGCAACCCUCUGGACUAUGUACUACCAUGUUGAGAUUUUCACUAAUGGCGAGUGGAACAUAUUCAUCUGGCCAUGCGUUGGUGUCUGGGUCUUUGACCGGAUCAUGCGCCUCUCACGAAUCUUAGCUUUCAACCGCAGCCCGCUGAGUACCAAGGCUAGGGUUACUUAUGACCCUAGCAGUAACCUCGUGCGUAUGGAAGUCGAUAGUAGUAAGAGCUUAGUAGCCCCAAGGCCUGGCUCUUACUACUACAUCCACGUGUUGGAUGAUCUGUUCUAUGCACAUCAGAGCCAUCCGUUCACGUUGGCAUACAGUUCAAAAGAUACGGACAAUCCUCCAUCUACGCCACUAUCGCCGCUUUCAGCGAGGCCGGAACACUCGCGUACUUCAUCAGCCUCAACCACAGAGUCGGAUGCACUCUUGUCGUCUAAAGCCUCGGAUGCCUCAUUAAACAUGGUGUUCCUUAUCCGACCGUACGACGGCUUCACAUCCCGAUUGAAGUCACAUUGUCUCUUGCAUCCCAAAAGACUCCGCAUCCUUGUGGAAGGGCCUUAUGGACACACUGUUCCUCUCCGCAGUUCACAAAACAUUUUGUUUGUAGUCGGUGGAACGGGUAUCGCAGUCCCGCUAUCACACUUAGCCCACGUUCUGGCCAGUACAUCACGUGUACGCAGUGUGAAGAUUGUAUGGGCAGUACGCGAGUACGCGUUCCUCACUUCUGUUCUCCGCGACUUUAGAGGCUUGUUGAGUGAUGAGAGAGUCGAGAUGGAAGUGCACGUCACUCGGGAUGAUGAGGCAAAAGACGAUGUGUUGGGCGAAGACCUGAAGAGCGUAAGAAUCAUGGCACACAGACCUGACGUACAUGAAACAGUUCAAGAGGCUGCUAGAGAUGCGGGCCAGCAACGUCUGGCGAUUGUGGCUUGUGGGCCAGCUUUGAUGGCGGAUCAGGCUAGGAAAGCGAGUGUCCAGAUGUUGGAUAAAGGUUAUAGAGGGGUGGAGUACUUUGAAGAAAGCUUCAAGUGGUAG